AUGCAUACUCCUGGCCGCAGGCGAUGCUGCGCUCCGGCGGGCGGGCGCGCAAAGCGACGGGCACGCACUACCGCGGCCAGGUCGCGCGCCCGCCGCCGCCGCCACGCCCGUGCACACGCAGGACACACUCGCGCGCACCGCACACAAACGCACGCACGGCCCCUGCACGCGCUGUCUAAACACACGUGCGCUUACACCCACGCACGUACACAGGCACGCACGGACCCCCGUCUACCCAGCGCCUGGUGCUCGCCCCCGAGCAACAGGAUCCGACCCUCCCUUGCCAAAAAGACCGCUCUAGAGGUGACUGCGCAAUACUCUCACCCACGGCUCCGACCCGCCCCAGGAGCCCUCCACCUAGGGUCCCCGACCACUGGGAGGCCUAAGGGCUGCCCUGAAUUCAGGCGCCCCAGCGCCACCGAGGGAGAUCCUAAGCCCUCACCCCCUCUAUGGCUGUGCCGGAUCCGGAGGCAGGUGUACCGGACUCUGGGACCUAAAGCUGUCCCCGCCCCGCCCGUGGUUCCCUGCAGGAGGCGGGCGGCUUCCAGGGCCCCCAGUCCCCCUCAACCCUCUUCGGGAGGAGCUGAACGCUCUGGGACUCCGCAGCGCGUCCGCGAACGCUCGGAGCCGGCCGCCGAUGAGCGCGCCUCCGCCCUCCGCUCCAAAUCCCUAAUCCCCAGCCCUCAGCCCCCGGGUCCCACCCGCGCGGCACCCUUAGCGGCGGUCUCUGUGGAUCUGUUCUGCCGGGGUGAGGAGCCAGGCUCUGAGCCGCGGCCCAGCGCCCGAGGUGUGGAGCCACUGCCCCACGGCCAACUUCGCAAACUCGCAAAGUGCUCUAGAAGUGGAAGCUGCGGGGGAGGCCGGGCGCGCGGUCCCCACAGUCCCCGCCAGGACCCCCGGGGAGGCAGGACGCGGCCCGCCACGAGGGUCGGGCGCCGGGUGGAUGAGGAGGCGUGGCGGGUGCGUGGAUUGUGUUUGGGCGCCCGGCAGGCUCGGGCUCCGCCCCCCCCCCCUCCCCCCCGCUUGCUGCCCGUGCUGCUGCUCCUGGCCGCCGCCGCCCUGCCGGCGCUGGGGCUGCGAGCCUCCGCCUGGGAGCUGCGCGUCCCUGGCAGGGCCUGAACCUUCACCCUCGGGCCCCCGUACUACGCGGUGGGCGCCGCGCAAACUCCCCGGGAGCUGUUGGACGUGGGCCGCGAGGGGCGGCUGGCAGGACGGCGGCGCGUCUCGGGCGCCCGGCCCCAGAGCUGCAUGCACCUGGCCGGCGCCCUGCUGCAAGUCCGCUUGGAGGCCCGCGGUGCCCCGACGGCGCUGAGCCUCCGCCUGCGGGCGCGCGCGCACCAUCCCGGCUGCCGAGCCCGUGCCCGGCGCGCGCGGGCUGUGCUCCCAGGGCCUGGGCUCUGCCGGGCGCUCUGCUUCUCGGUGCCCGGUGGCGGCGCGGCCGCAACCACCGUCCCCGCCUGCAGCUGCCCACCGCGUCCCGGGCCCUGCUGUCCCGGCCGCCCCAUCUGUCUGUGUCUGCUGUGCGCCCUGCGAUGCGCGGCUGGCGCCGUCCCGGUGGAGCUGGCACUGGAGGCCGCCGCCUCGGGGACACCUUUGUCGCCAUCGCCAUCGCCUCCGCCGAACUUGCCCCAAACCCGGGCGGGUCCGGUGUGACGGUCCCGGGGCACGAGUGGCAGAGGGAGCCUGAAGUUCCCGAUGCCCAACUACCAAGUGGCGUUGUUUGAGAACGAGCCGGCGGGCACCCCCCUCCUCCAGCUUCAUGCGCACUACACCAUCGAGGGCGAGGAGGAGCGCGUGGGCUAUUACAUGAAGGGGCUGUUCGACGAGCGCUCCCGGGGCUACUUCCGCAUCGGCUCCGCCACGGACGCGGUGAGCAAGGCCAGCAAGCUGGACCGGGAGACCAAGGAGAUGCACGUGCUCAGGGUAAAAGCCGUGGACUACAGCACGCAGCUGCGCUAGGCCACCACCUGCAUCACCGUAUUGGUCAAAGACACCAACGACCGCAGCCUGGUCUUCCAGCAGUCAGAGUACCGCGAGCCCAUGCUGGAGAACCUCGAGGUGGACUACAAGGUGCUGACCAUCCGCGCCAGCGAAGAUGACUCGCCCGUCAACGCCAACAUGCGCUACCGCAUGCUGGGGGGCGCGUGCGACAUCUUCCAGCUGAACGCGAGCUCCGGCGUGGUGAGCAUGCGCGCGGUGCUGGGCCGGGAGGAGGCAGCCGAGUACCAGCUGCUGGUGGAGGCCAGCGACCAGGGCCGCAACCCAGGCCCACUCAGCGCCACGGCCACCGUGUACAUCCAGGUGGAGGACGAGAAUGACAACUACCCCCAGGUCAGCGAGCAGAACUACGUGGUCCAGGUGCCCGAGGACGUGGGUCUCAACGCGGCUGUGCUUCGCGUGCAGGCCUCGUACCGGGACCAGGGCCAGAACGCGGCCAUUCACUACAGCCUCCUCAGCGGGAACCUGGCCUGGCAGUUCUACCUGCACUCACUGAGCGGGAUCCUGGAUGACAUCAACCCCCUGGAUUUCGAGGAUGUACAGAAGUACUUGCUGAGCAUUAAAGCCCAGGAUGGGGGCCGGCCGCCGCUCAUCAAUUCCUCCGGGGUUGUGUCUGUGCAGGUGCUGGAUGUCAAUGACAACGAGCCCAUCUUUGUGAGCAGCCCCUUCCAGGCCAUGGUGCUGGAGAACGUGCCCCUGGGCUACUCCGUGGUGCACAUUCAGGUGGUAGACGCAGACUCUGGGGAGAAUGCCCGGCUGCACUAUCGCCUGGUGGACAUGGCCUCCGCCUUUCUGGGGGGCGGCAGCGCUGGGCCUAAGAACCCUGCCGCCCCGGACUUCCCCUUCCAGAUCCACAACAGCUCCGGUUGGAUCACUUUGUGUGCCGAGCUGGACCGUGAGGAGGUGGAGCAUUACAGCUUUGGGGUGGAGGCGGUGGACCACGGCUCGCCUCCCAUGAGCUCCUCCACCAGCGUCUCCAUCACGGUGCUGGACGUGAACGACAACGACCUGGUGUUCACGCAGACCACCUACUAGCUGCGUCUGAACGAGGAUGCAGCCGUGGGGAGCAGCGUGCUGACCCUGCAGGCCUGCGACCGCAACGCCAACCGUGUGAUCACCUAUCAGCUCACGGGCGGCAACACCUGGAACCGGUUUGCGCUCAGCAGCCAGAGGGGAGGCAGCCUCAUCACCCUGGCGCCACCUCUAGACUACAAGCAGUAGCAGCAGUACGUGCUGGCGGUGACAGCGUCGGACGGACGGCACACGGCGCACACCGCGCAUGUCCUCAUCAACGUCACCGACGCCAACAUCCACCGGCCGGUCUUUCAGAGCGCCCAUUACACGGUGAGCGUCAGUGAGGACAGGCCCGUGGGCACCUCCAUUGCUACCCUCAGUGCCAACGACGAGGACACAGGAGAGAAUGCCCGCAUCACCUACAUGAUUCAGGACCCCGUGCCUGAUCCCGACAGUGGCACCAUGUACACCAUGAUAGAGCUGGACUGUGAGCACCAGGUCGCCUACACGCUGACCAUCAUGGCCCUGGACAACGGCAUCUCGCAGAAGUCGGACACCACCACCCUGGAGAUCCUCAUCCUCGAUCCCAACGACAAUACGCCCCAGUUCCUGUGGGAUUUCUACCAGGGUUCGAUCUUUGAGGAUGCUCCACCCUCAACCAGCAUCCUCCAGGUCUCCGCCACGGACCAGGACUCGGGUCCCAAUGGGCGUUUGCUGUACACCUUCCAGGGUGGGGACGAUGGCUAUGGGGACUUCUACAUCGAGCCCAUGUCCAGUGUCAUCCACACCCAGCGCCGGCUGGACCGGGAGAACGUGGCUGUGUACAACCUUUGGGCUGUGGCUGUGGAUCACGGCAGCCCCACUGCCCUUAGCGCCUCGGUGGAAAGCCAAGUGACCAUCUUGGACAUUAAUGGCAAUGCCCCCAUGUUUGAGAAGGACGAGCUGGAGCUGUUUGUAGAGGAGAACAACCCAGUGGGGUCGGUGGUGGCAAAGAUCCGUGCUCAGGACCCUGACGAAGGCCCCAAUGCCCAGCUCAUGUAUCAGAUUAUGGAGGGCGACAUUCGGCAUUUCUUCCAGCUGGACCUGCUGAAUGGGGACCUGCAUGCCCUGGUGGAGCUGGACUUUGAGGUCCGGGGAGAGUACGUGCUGGUGGUGCAGGCCACAUCGGCCCCACUGGUGAGCCAAGCCACGGUGUGCAUUCUUCUCGUGGACCAGAAUGACAACCCUCCGGUACUGCCCAACUUCCAGAUCCUCUUCAACAACUCUGUCACCAACAAGUCGAACAGCUUCCUCACCGGCGUGAUCAGCUGCAUCCCAGCCCAUGACCCCGACCUGUCGGACAGCCUCAACUACACCUUCCUUCGUGGCAACGAACUGCACCUGUUGCUACUGGACCCCACCGCGGGCGAGCUGCCGCUCAGCUGGGACCUGGACAACAAGCGGCCACUGGAGGCGCUCGUCCCCGAGGUGUCUGUGUCUGGAGAACACUUCGAGGUGGACGCCUGCUCAGGCCACUGUGCCAACGGGGUGUGCAAGAACGGGGGCACCUGUGUGAACCUGCUCAUCGGCGGCUUCCACUGCAUGUGCCCCCCCCACGGCAAGUACGAGAGGCCCUACUGUGAGGUCACCACCAGGAGCUUCCCACCCCGGUCCUUUGUCACCUUCCGGGGCCUGAGACAGCACUUCCACUUCACCGUCUCCCUCACGUUUACCACCCAGGAAAGGAACGGCCUGCUGCUCUACAAUGGCCGCUUCAAUGAGAAACACUUCAUUGCCCUGGAGGUUGUGGACGAGCAGGUGCAGCUCACCUUCUCUGCAGGUGGGGCCUUCUCCCUAGGCAGGGCAGCUCUGAGCAACUCACAGAUGCUUUGUGCACUCGACCUUCCGUGCCCCAGAGGCUGGUGGGGGAACCCCAUCUGUGGACCCUGCCACUGUGCUGUCAGCAAAGGCUUCGAUCCCGACUGUAAUAAGACCAAUGGCCGGUGCCAAUGCAAGGAGAAUUACUACCAGGCCCCAGCCCAGGACGCCUGCCUACCCUGUGACUGCUUCCCCCAUGGCUCCCACAGCCGUGCUUGCGACAUGACCACUGGGCAGUGUGCCUGUAAGCCUGGUGUCAUCGGCCGCCAGUGCAACCGCUGUGACAACCCGUUCGCCGAGGUCACCACACUCGGCUGCGAAGUGACCUUCAACGGCUGUCCCAAAGUGUUCGAGGCCAGCAUUUGGUGGCCACAGACCAAGUUCGGGCAGCCGGCUGCAGUGCCAUGCCCCAAGGGGUCCGUCGGAAAUGCAGUUCGACGCUGGCUGCCCCCAGAGCUCUUCAACUGCACCACCGUCUCCUUCGUGGACCUCAGGACCGUGGUAGGGGUGCCUCAGGGAUGCAUGCUCAGCGGGGGCGCAUCCGGGGCCCUGCGGCUGGUGAGGGCGCUGUGCAACGCCAUGUGGCACACGGCCACACUCUCCGGCACUGACGGGUGCACGGCCUACCAGCUGCUGGGCCGCAUCCUGCAGCACGAGAGCCGGCAGCAGGGAUUCGACCUGGCGGCCACACAGGAUGCUGACUUCCACGAGGACGUCAUCUACUCGGGCAGCAACCUCCUGGCCCCGGCCACCAGCACAGCGUGGGAGCAGAUCCAGUGGAGCGAGGGUGGCACGGCACAGCUGCUCCAGCACCUCGAGGGCUACUUCAGCAACGUGGCACGCAACGUGCAGCGGACGUACCUGCGGCCCUUCGUCAUUGUCACCGCCAACAUGAUUCUUGCUGUCGACAUCUUUGACAAGUUGAACUUCAGGGGAGCCACAGUGCCACGGUUCGAUGCCAUUCAGGAAGAGUUCCCCAGGGAGCUGCAGUCCUCUGUCUCCUUCCCAGCUGACUUCUUCAAACCACCUGAAGAAAAAGAAGGCCCCCUGGGGAGACCGGCCGGCCAGAGGACCAUGCCGCAGACCACGUGACUGGGACCAGGCACCGAGAGGGAGGCUCCGAUCAGCAGGCAGAGGCGACACCCUGAUGAUGCUGGCCAGUUCGCCGUCGCUCUGGUCAUCAUUUACCGCACCCUGGGGCAGUUCCUGCCCGAGCGCUAUGACCCAGACCACCGAAGCCUUCAGUAAGGCCUGGGCAUGUGGACAUGGGGAGGGUCCGUUUCAGAGGUCCCCAAGGCUUCCACAAGUCAAAAUUCUGAUCUUGAUCAAGCACAGGUCUUCACGGCAGCAUUUCACCGGGACCCUGGCCCAGAGACAGAGACCACUGCCCUGUGGUGUCCCUUGGAGGGAGGUUCUGGGUCUGCCACUGGAUGCCAUCCCCUGGAGCACCAUACACCCUUGCCUGGGCUUAUCCCAGUGCUUCUGCCAGAAAUGCCCCCUCCUCAGCAUACACCCAUCUUGUGCCCUGAGGGACCCCAUGCUGUCCCCACAGGCCCUACCCGAGGCUGUCGUGGGUGGUGCCUGCUGCUGGCCCUGGGCUUUAGGGCUGCUCAGCCUGUCCUGGCUGGAAAGGAUGGAUGUCGGGAAGCAGCUUUGUGGCCCCCUCAGUGGGAGCAGCCCGAGCCUCUGCCUUUCCUCCUUUUGCAGUUUCCCAGACACUUCCCUGACUCUGGGGUCCUCGUGAUCACGUGGUUCUCAGUGACCAGGUGAUUCACUCCUGAGAGCUGCCAUUAUUCUGCUGUCUUUGGACAUUUAAGCCACCACCUGUUUGUCUGCCGUUAACUGUUUCGGCUA